AUGGGAAACUUCAAGUUCAGGAUACUGGUGAUUUUGUCAACGGGGUUUGUGGUUAUGAAGACAAGUGAACUCGUUCACAGCGCAAAUAAUUCAGUGGCUGAUGCUCUUGCGCAUAGAGUGCGGGUGACGUGCGGAGUAUUUCUGAGAGCAGAUGAUACAGAAAUAGCACACUCUAUUGCUAACACGUGGGGCAAAAGGUGUAAUGAACUCUUCUUUUUGAGCGGAGCAAACGAAUUGUCAACAAAAACUCCAUUGUACCGGGACCAACGCCAUUUGCGGUACAUGCGCGACCAGAGCGCCGCUAGCAGUGAUUGGUACCUCCUGGCUACUACAGGGAAAGGUUACAUAGUGGUGGAGAACCUCAGGUAUAUGCUAGCGGAUCACGACCCUAACAACGCCAUAUAUUUUAUGUUGGUCGUUAGUGAAAAUAGGGGUGUUACCUACGUUCUUAGCAGGAAAGCGUUUGAUAUGUUCAUGAAAACUGAUACACAAAUUAGUGUGUGUAGAACUGACAUAGACGAUGACGUUGCACGGGAGAAUUGCUUUAAAGCUAUUGGGAUAAAACUAAUGGAUUCCCAAGAUUCACUAAAACGGGAUCGCUUCUUCGCGGGCGACCCUUACACGGAUGGCGUGAAGCAAGAGCGGAGGAAAUUCUGGGAUUGUCGCGACAUACCCGAAAAGCCUGGCGACUGUUACUCAGACUAUGCAAUUUCUUUUGACGAUGUUGACCCUCACAUGAAAUACGUCCUAGACUACCUCAUAUACCAAUUGAGACCAUAUGGUAUUAAAUUCGGCGAAAAUUUGCCAAAAAUAUUGAGGAGAAGUUACUUUAUGCCAGAGAACGAUUUUCCUGUACAGGCUCACGACGCAGAAGACUCGCUGGGUUGGUAUCCUGACGAUGAUGUAAUGACUGUAUGA